UUUGGUUUUUGCAUCCGGAAAAAAAAUAAAUAAAAAAUAACUGGCAGUCUGCUUAGCCUUCUUAAAGGAAUUCUCAAUGGGUAGAAUUGGUUAGCUGGAAACGUUUAUUUAAAUCUAAUGACUAACUCUUCCAAAGCCGAAACUACAGAAGCGAAAGUGUCACUGGAUGAAAACAACUGCCAAAUUGUAGUUUAAAUCAUUGUUUGCAUAAUAUUUGGAAGAUUAAGGAUAUGAUGUUGAUUCAGAGAAAGGUUCUGAUUCGGAAACAGAUGACUCAUUAAAGACUCCAUUGUUAAAGAAAAAUUUUUUGAAAAUGGGGAAAAUCAACGGUUUUCAUCAGUUUGUAAUAUUAUUGUAUAAAGGACUGUUGCUGCGAAAACGCCAUUACAUUUAUACAGUAUUUGAACUUGUUAUUCCUGUUUUAUUAGCAUGCAUUCUUCCUAUAAUUCUAUCAGAAACAUCUUCACCAAGUUCUCAAAAUUAUGAUUGGGAAGAAAUGCCCAAAUCGAGACAUGUUAAUGCUACGUUCUACUCACCCUUCUCUCCAUAUAAAUCUAAACAAAUUAAAAAUUACACUUUAGAGCUUGUUUAUGCUCCUUCAAAUGAUGUUAUUGAUAACUUUAUGAAAAGUGUCGUUGAAAGAUUUACUGUUAAUGCUAAUUACUCUGGAAAUAUAACUCUCCAUUCUGAGAAUUCUGAGAAAGAUUUAGAAUCAUAUUGUCUGUAUAAACGAAGCGUCAAUAAACAAAUCAGUUUGAUAGGAACUGUUUUCAACAAUUUUGCACUUGAUCUGAAGCAAUUUCCAGACUCUCUUGACUAUAAAAUAAGGUAUGGUUUCAAGGAUUUUGAGAGUACCUUCAAUAACGAUCUGAAGUAUCGAGUAAAUGGUCCUCACAUUGAAACAAAGUAUCAAGAUUCUAUCUUUCUUGCAUGGCAGACUGCUGUUGAAGAAACUUUCAUUCAACAAAAAAUGAAUGAUACUGGAAAAAAGUUAGAUUAUCAGGUCAGUAUGCAAAGAUUCCCUUAUCCUGAGCAUCAAGAUACUCGACAUAAAUUCAACAUAGUCAUUUUAGUACCAGCUUGUGUCUGUGCUGGCUAUUUGAUAUUUAUUAUAAACCUGGUUCGAAGAAUCAUUGAAGAAAAAUCUAAUGGUUCAAAAGAACUGUUAAAAAUGAUGGGAAUGACAGACUUUGUUUAUUGGAUCAGUACAUUCAUGAAUUAUUUUGUGAUAGCUUUCAUCACAACUUUAAUUAUAACUAUAGUUUACAAAGUACCUUUGAAAAAUGCAACUGUAUUUAUGAAACAUACAGAGUUUUGUCUUUUAUUUCUGAUGCUUCUGUUGUUUAUGGCAAGUUUAAUUCUGUUCUGCAUGGCUUUCAGUAUUUUUUUCAACAAGGCGGUAUUUGCCAUUAUUACCUUGAUAAUUUUUUACAUUGUUACUUUUGUAAUGUACAUGGUUUCUUACUUCAUUGAAUCAUUGGAUGUCAAAUAUUUUCCAUUACCUCUCAUGGAAAAGUUAGGAAUUUGUACUAUGCCAACUGGUGGUAUACUGACGAUGUUUGCUUUUGUUUCAUUCUAUGAAGAAAGUGGGGAAGGUCUUCAAUGGUACAAUUUAUCAGAACGUGCUGUUAGUCCUGACUUGAAUAUGGUCAUGGUUUUAUUUUCAGUGAUAUUUUCUUGUUUCCUUUACGCUGUUAUGAUUUGGUAUUUUGAUGCUGUUUGGCCAUGGCAACCUGGUGUCCCAAAACCCUUCUACUUUUUAUUCAUGAAAAGCUAUUGGUGUCCCCCCAAAGCAAAAGAAAAUGAUGAAGUUGAAUUAGUACAGACAGAUCCUAGCUCGGAAUUUUUUGAAGAGGAACCAAACGGUAUUUCUCCUGGAGUGGUUAUAUAUAAUUUAUCAAAAGAGUUUCGAACUGGUCUUCAAACAAAACUGGCUGUAAAUAAUCUAUCUUUGACUAUGUAUCAAGGGCAGAUUACUGCUCUUCUUGGUCAUAAUGGUGCUGGAAAAACAACUACUAUAAAUAUUCUUACAGGUCUAUUUACACCAACCAAAGGAACAGCUUCCAUUAAUGGAAUGGAUAUUUUGACAGAAACUAAUAAUGCUCGUAAAGGACUUGGUGUAUGUCCACAACACAAUGUUUUAUUUGAUACACUUACAGUUGAAGAACAUCUCAAGUUUUAUGCUGCUAUUAAAGGAACUGAUUGGACUAAAUUGACAACUGAAGCUGAGAAAGUAAUGGAAAUGUUAAAAAUCUGUGAUAAAAGAAAUGAAUUGGCUCAAAAUUUAUCUGGUGGUAUGAAACGGAAAUUGAGUCUUGGAAAUGCUAUUGUUGGAGGUUCAAAGGUUUUAUUUUUGGAUGAACCAACUUCAGGCAUGGAUGUUGAGGCUAGACGUGGUGUCUGGGAUGCUCUUCUUGACAUAAGAUAUGAUCGCACAAUCAUUCUUACCACUCACUAUAUGGAAGAAGCAGACAUUUUAGGUGACCGUAUCGCUAUUAUGGCCGAAGGAGAAGUCCAAUGCUGUGGGUCACCUAUGUUCUUAAAAAGAAAAUUUGGAACUGGCUAUCAUUUGCAUGUUGUGAAAGGCGAAACAUUUAAUUCUGCUGAUACGCUUGAACUUCUCAGAAAACACAUCCCUGCUGUUAUUUUAGAAAAAGAAUUGGAAAAUGAAAUAACUUACAAUCUUGCUUCAGAUUCUGGUCAACGCUUUGGCGACAUGUUUGAAGAAUUAGAAAACAAUAAAGGAAAAUUAGGGAUUGACUCUUGUGGGGUCACAGUUACAACUAUGGAGGAUGUAUUUUUAAAUGUUUCAAAUAUAUCUGACCUUAAAUAUAAAUUAGCAAAAGAUAAAUAUGGAACAAAUGGAGAAAGCUUGGAAUUAGAAGAAAUAUAUGGGGAUUCUAGUGAAACAAAGGAACAACAAAUAUGGAAUCAGCUUAUUGGACUUCUCAUAAAACGAUUUCACUACUCUAAACGUCAUUGGGGCAACCUAAUUGCUCAACUUGUAGUACCUUUCUUAAUACUAUGUCUCUGUCUUUAUGAGAUUCAAGAGGCAGGACAUAACUCUAAAAUUUCUUAUACACCUAUAAAAUUAGAUUUAAAGCAUGUUUAUGGAAAAACAGAUAGUUUUUAUUAUUCAAAACAAUCAGAAGAUAAUUUAGUUAAACAGUUUACUAAUACUUUGUCAGAAAAAGGUGUUAGUGUUGUUAAAGUUGAUGAUCCAACAAAGUACAUCCUAAAAUAUGGUGAAAAUGAUCUUUCCAAAUAUUUAAAAAAUUUGUUGGUAGGGGGAGCCAUAGAUGUAUAUGCAAAUGGAACAAAUAAUUUGACCGCUUGGUUUAAUGGAGAACCAUACCACACUUUACCUAUGUCACUUCUUUUGAUGCAUACGGCUGUUUUGAGAUCUAUUGUGUCUGACAAAGCAACAAUUACAUUGACUAAUGACCCAUUGCCAGAGCUCUAUCUUAAUAUUUACAAUGAUGAAUUUAAUAUGAAAGAGAGAAUAAUUGCAAUGGUUUAUAUGCCUUUAUGUUUGGCAUUCUUGUCUGCAAGUUUUGUAUUGGUUCCUCUCCAUGAACGUAUCACAAAAGCAAAAUUGCUACAACUCAUGACAGGAUUGAAUGCUUCUCUUUAUUGGAUUGCAACGUUUCUAUGGGAUUUUUUAGUUUAUUUUGCCGUGUCUCUUUUGCUCUUGAUUCCACUUGCAAUAUUUAGUCAUCAUGUGUUUUUUGGAUUGCACUCUGAAGCAUCCGGAGUUUCUAUCAUGAUGCUAUUUCUAUAUGGUUGGGCAUCUAUACCUUUCAGUUAUAUACUGUCAUUUUUCUUCAAAACUGGUAACGGUGGCUUUUCAGCUGUUAUUGCACUGAAUUGCAUCAUUGGUAUUGUUAUUGGUGCAAUAUUAAUAACUUGGCAGUUUUCUACACGGAAUUUUGAUGAAUCAUCUGCUGAAUUUUACGUUUGGAUUUUUCGAUUAUUUCCUGCUUUUACAAUAGCAUCUGGAUUUUCAAAUUUGUUUGCUAUUGCUUAUCACAAUGCUUAUUGUGAUGGAAUUUCUGCAGAGGAUUUGAAAAUUAGUUGUGCAUCAGAGUUUAUGCACCACUGGAAGCCUAUGUUUAAGUGCUGCAAAGAUAUUUGUGGAACUGCAUGCUUGAAUCAAACAUCCCUAAUUACUUGGGAUGUUCUUGGAUGUGGAAGAGACCUUUUUAUGUUAACAAUGGAUGGAAUUAUAUUUUUUGCUGUUCUACUCUUUCUGGAGACAAGCUAUAGUGGUUUCCUUUUCCGUUUUAUUAAAGAUCUGUAUUUGAAGUUGAGAAAUUCCGUCGUUGGUAACAUUGUUCAAAGUAAUAUUAUAGAGGAUUCAGAUGUUGCAUUGGAGGAACAACGAAUUCAUGAUAUCUAUGCUACACAUGGGGAUGCUGUCGAAGAUGCUUUGAUGAUUGUAGAUUUGACAAAAAUAUUCCGUAAUUUUUAUGCUGUUGAUCAUUUGACAUUCGGUGUCCAUCAGGAAGAAUGCUUUGGGCUUCUAGGUGUUAACGGUGCUGGCAAAACUACUACAUUUAGAAUGCUAACUGGGGAUUGUUUUCCUACUGAAGGAAAUGCAUUUACUCAUCGAAGUUCUUUGAGAUCAGAUUUAAAAAGAUUCCAGUCUUACUUGGGAUAUUGUCCACAAUUUGAUGCACUGAUUGAUCGUUUAACUGGUCGAGAAAUUCUUUCACUUUUUGCUCGUUUAAGAGGUAUGUCUAGAUCAGGACUAGUUUUGAGAGUUAACAAGUUGAUUAAAAUGAUUGAUCUUCAAGCUCAUGCUGACAAGCAAACACGAUUCUACAGUGGUGGAAAUAAACGAAAGCUUUCUGUUGGGAUUGCACUCAUUGGAUCACCACCUUUAAUUUUAUUAGACGAACCAACAGCAGGAGUGGACCCUGUUUCCCGUAGAAAGAUUUGGAACAUAUUGUCUCAAGCUCGAAAUUAUUCAAAAGCUGCCAUUAUUUUAACUUCCCAUAGUAUGGAAGAGAGUGAAGCCUUGUGUAAUCGUUUAGCAAUUAUGGUAAAUGGUCGUCUCAGAUGCUUAGGUCCAAUUCAACAUCUUAAAACUAAAUAUGGUAAAGGGUAUACGUUGGUUAUUAAACUUGGAAAGGGAAUUGUGGAUGACUACACAACUGUUAAAGAAAUAAAGGAGUAUAUUGAAACAAAUUUAGAUGGUGCUGAUUUGAAAGAUGAUCAUCAAGGUAUGCUUCAAUACCAUGUGGUAGAUCCUUCGGUAACGCUAAGCAAAUUGUUUAAACUGAUGGGUGAAAUGAAACCAAAAUUCAAUUUGGAGGAUUACAUGAUAAGUGACACUUCCUUAGAGCAAAUAUUCUUAACAUUUGCUCGAGCCCAAAGAAUUUCCUAAUAUGGAUACAGCCAGAAAAAAUCCUUUACUGCCUAGCAGAGAUUUUUAUUUUUCAUUGAUUGUUUUAUUUGAUGUUUUAUUGUUAAUUAUAUGUACUUAAAAUGUGUUUUACUCUAUUUUUGUUCUAUUUUGUUUUUUAAUAAUAUUUCUCAUUUUAAGACAUUCACUUUUCGAAAUAUUAUGAAGCAUAUAUUUAUUGUAGAUUUUUAUGUCUAUAGUUCUUUUUUUUUUCUUUCAAUUUUUCAUUAAGUGUUAUAUUAUUCUUACUUGAAGUAGUUUGAUAGUUAUCCUUGAUACUUUUACCACCUAAUAUUUAAUGUGUGUUUCAAUUUUCUGGUAGCUAUCAAUCAUUUGAAUAUGUAAGUGUUCAGUAUUUGUUGUACCUAAAGUUUUAAAUAAUUUAAUGUUUUACUUUAUUUUGAAAUGACUACUUUAUUAUGAAUUUCAAAUUCAUUGUAGAUUUUUACUAAUGUCAAAAGUAAAGUUUUUUAUUCAAUUUUAAAUUAUUAAACAAUUGUAUUGUUCUAAUAUUUUGGUAACUAUUAACAUUAAGUAUGAGUAGUACUUAAACCUUUAAAUGAUUUAAUAAUUUUUUUUAUUUGAAAUAUUAUGAAACAUAAACUCAUUGUAGAUUUUUAUAAUCUCAAAUGUUCAAAUUGUUUUCUAUUUUAAAUUAUUAAGCAUUAUAUAAUUUUUAUUUGAAGAAGUUUGAUUAUAAUUUGUACGGUUUUUACUACCUAAUAGUUUUUCAAUAUUUCAGUAGCUAUUGAUGGUAUAGUACAGGGAUGGCGAACCAAUGGCACGCGUGCCAUUUAUGGCACCCUACACAAUAAUUUGGGCACGUCACCGAUCACAUUUGUUAUUACACUAUAAAUUGUUAUUACUCAAAUGCUAUUACACUAUGAAACAUAUGUAACAAUUAAAUUAAAAUUCACAAAAACACGCUAAAUAAUAAACAAUUAUUAAUGAAAAAAAU